UCCGCCGGGGUCCUCUCACUCUCGGGCACAGGGAGCAGGUGGUGGGACGCGAUCCUGUCUGCGGUGUGACUCACAGUAUUAUCAACGAAAAUGUACUAUAAGGUCAGCGGAGUCACCGGGAAAUUAACGGGAGCCACAGCAGCGUCCGCUUACAACCCUCAGGGGCUGAAGCCCACGGUUCCCUCUCAGGCUCCUCCCAUGAUCUUUGCUGUACCAACCAAGGUUGUUUCGGAGACUGGGUCUGUGUCACACUACAUGGGAAUUAACAAGGUCCCAGAGCUGCAGAAGAUUUUCCAGAAAACUGAUGGAGCACCGGUUCACCUGAAGCGUGGAGUCAUGGACAAAAUGCUAUAUAGGACCACGAUGGGCUUGACGAUUGGUGGCACCCUCUACUGUUUAAUAGCCCUCUACAUUGCUGCCCAGCCCCGAAAACCACAGUGAACUGCCUUGUCUGUGCUCUGUGUAAUUAUUAAAAAUAUUGUAAUUAUUAUGGUUGGAGUGACAACAUGGACCUUUGUCAUUUUGCUCUAAAAGACUGUGACAGAAUUGUUUUAUUUACACCAGUAUUUUGAUUUCACUCACAAGCACAUCUUUAUCAAUCUGAGAAGCCACAUUUGAUUUUAUUACAUAUGUACAUUUAUUACAUAAGAGUUUAUUGUAUCCAGUUUGGUCAAUCAUUAUCUUCUCAUAUGGUCAUCUGAUGGGACCGGUCUUGUUUUUAACAUCAUACACUGAUGUACUGAUCUAUUUUUAUCCCCUCAUAUCUUUUGAGAAAAUGACAGCAAGCGUGUCAGCCUGUAAAUGAAGUCCUUGCAAUUUGUACGUAGCAGAAUAAAUAUAUUUUGUUUGUAAAAAGUGAACAAUGAAA